GGAUCUUGAAGUUGCACUUCCACCUCUUUCCUCUCCCUGUUGUCCUCGAUGCUUUCCAAACGGACAAUUACCAUCCGGAAUCUAAACCAAGUACACAGAAUAGCAACAGGACAACUAAAAUCUUUAUCCGCGUUCCCCAGAAACUCUCCCGGAUCUCGAGAACAUCACAUCUCUGCAAUAUCUCACCAUGAACCCUGGAAGAAACAGAGCCGUUUAUUUGCUUCAGAAUCAGAACCUCUAGGGAAGAAACCUUCCAUCAUACACGCCAGCCUCACUUCGACAAGAUUCUAAUCGCAAACAGAGGAGAAAUUGCUUGCCGAGUCAUUCGCACCGCUAAGAAGCUAGGAAUAAGAUGUGUGGCCGUGUACAGUGAAGCGGAUAAGGAUUCCAUGCAUGUCCAGUUGGCAGAAGAAGCAUACUGUAUAGGCCCAGCACCGUCCGCAGAAAGUUAUCUUCGAAUCGACAAGAUAAUAGAGGUAUGUCGUAGGAGUGGGGCUCAGGCUGUUCAUCCUGGAUACGGUUUCUUGAGUGAAAAUGCGAAGUUUGCCGAACGGCUCGCUGAGGAUGGUAUUGUUUUCAUUGGGCCGCCUGCUAGCGCCAUUGUUAGUAUGGGCUCUAAAAGCGAGUCUAAGAACAUUAUGCUCGCUGCCGCCGUUCCGUGUGUUCCAGGUUACCAUGGAGAAAACCAAGAUCCCAAUUUUCUCUUCGAACAAGCGAAGAAAAUAGGUUUUCCGGUACUCAUCAAAGCUGUUCAUGGGGGCGGGGGGAAAGGGAUGCGCGUUGUGACAACGUCAACCGAGGAAGCGUUCCAAGAGGCUCUCACCUCAGCUAAACGAGAAUCGAUUAAAUCCUUCGGAAAUGAUACUGUUUUGGUGGAAAAAUACAUUCAACGCCCGAGGCAUGUUGAAGUCCAAGUGUUCGCUGAUGCGCUGGGUGGGGUCGUCAGUUUGUGGGAGAGAGAUUGCUCGGUUCAGAGAAGAAACCAAAAGAUUAUUGAGGAGGCACCCGCACCUGGACUAUCAACGCAACUUAGGUCUGAGUUGAGUGCAAAGGCGGUCGCAGCAGCGCGAGCCGUCAAUUAUGUGGGCGCUGGCACGGUGGAAUUCAUCUUCGACAACGAUACGCAAGACUUUUAUUUUAUGGAAAUGAACACGCGCUUGCAGGUCGAACAUCCGGUAACGGAAAUGGUGACAGGAUUGGAUCUCGUAGAAUGGCAGUUAGACGUCGCGGCCGGGAAUCCUCUUCCAUUAGGCCAAUCGUCUAUUCCUCUCGUCGGACACGCAUUUGAAGCCCGUAUUUAUGCUGAGAAGCCGAGGAACAAUUUUUUACCCGAUUCUGGCACAUUGCUGUACCUUUCUACACCCACCCCUACGCUCACCUUCGCGCCAUCCUAUUCCAAUCCAAAUGUCCCACCUCCAGUUUCCCCUGCAUCCGGAUUUCUAGCACCGUCAUUGACCUCAAGUGACGUCGAGAUUACACCUUCAGUGCGUCUUGAGCAAGGUUUCGGUCAAGGAGCACAGAUUGGCAUCUUUUACGAUCCGAUGAUUGCGAAAUUGAUUGUACAUGGAAAGGACCGUACCGAAGCACUAAGAUUACUCAGAAAAGCACUGGAUGAGUAUCAUGUUGUUGGCGUUUCCACCAACAUCCAACUUUUGAGGUCGUUGGCGGGGAAUUCGGCAUUUAUUGAUGCAGAGGUGGAGACUGGUUUCAUCCCGAAACAUUUCGAUGCUCUAUUCCCACCGGUUACGGAGCCAGCACCAGAGAUCUUAGCUCAAGCAGCCCUAUACGUCAUUUUGAGGGAUCAUCCUGUACCCAGCCUGACAGCUUCUUCAACCGCCCAAUCACCUUGGACAACGUUAGCUUCUCGCCGAUUCGGUGGAGACAGUUACGAACGGAUUAUACUCCUCCAAGAUGACGCAGUUACUUCCAAUGAACCCUCCACAGUCCGCGUCAGAUGUUCAACACUAGGACUAUUCGACAUUGACGUCAAGACUCCCAGUCGGACUGCUGAAUACCGAAAUGUACCUGCUACUUUGGGUUCUCCUACGAACCUCACGACAACGCUAUCUGAUAAACUGGUAAACGUAACUGUGGUAUCACAACCUCCACCGCCUUCCGUUCCAGCUUCGACUUCUCAUCAUACUAUGGAGCGUUUACAUGUGUUCAGUGACGGACAGAAGACGACACUGGUCAUUCCUACACCGGAUUGGUUGUUGUCGCUGGGAGGAGAUGUGUUGAGCGCCGCUGCUGCGAAGGGAGCAUUGAAAGCUCCUAUGCCCAGUUUGGUGGUUGAGUUGAAGGUUAAGGUUGGGGAUAAGGUGACAAAAGGUCAAAGCGUGGUUGUGUUGGAGAGUAUGAAGACGGAGACGGUGUUGAGAGCGGAUGUUGAGGGUGUGGUGAAAGCUGUUGGAUGUAAGAAUGGAGAAAUGGUUGAGGAGGGUCGAGAGUUGGUUGAUAUUGAGGUUGAAACUGUGGUGGAGGAGCAGAAGUAGGAGGGUGUUUUAUUAUUGGUUAAUAUGGGUGGAAAUGAUGAUUGUGGACUUCUGUAAACUUUGAAUAGUCGCUAAAAUCAUUUGCCUUAUUCGAGAAUUA